UUGUUCAAUCCUUGCUUGUGAGUGAGCCUUUCCACGAUGCUCCUUUUAUACCCGCUAAUGAUGCUCUCAGCUGUUACCAGUGGACGUGUUAACCUGUGGAAUGUUCAGGUGUUUUUGAGUAGUACACAGAUUUCCCUGUCUUUUGUUGCUCCUGUCCCAGUGUGUUGCUGGUAUGAAAUUCACAAUAUGCUUAUCCUGUUUAUCAAACAGGGUAGAUGGUGUUUUAGAUGGUGAUAGGGUUUCAGACAGAAAAAAUGAAAUCUUACAUUACAACACACAUAAUUCCCUAACAAAUAAAAUAAAGUAAGUUAGUAGACUCAGUGUGAUGCAUUAGGUAGAAACAGGAGAUAACAAUGUAGUGACUGUGCAGUCCAACCACUAGAUGGAAGCUAGCUUACAAAGUGCUGGUCGUUGUAAAACCUAUUAACAUGCAGCCACAGCGAAUCACAGUGAGGAAAAGCAGUGAUGUGAUGCUCCAACAACAAACAGCCAAAUUGAGCCAGUCAGUGAGAAUAGAUAAGACAAAGUGUGACAAGAAAGUGUGUCAGUUUGAUUCAGCCACUCAGAUCAAUCAGAUCGGUGAUUAUGGCAGUGCUGAGGACAUCAGUGGCCUUUCUUCUUCUUCACCUGGCUGCUUCUCUUGCGGCCCCUGUACCUUGUGAGGAGAAGGUGGUUCGCCUCGAAGCAGAGAUCCAGGGCCUGAAGAACGUGAUCAGUGAGCAGCAUCUGUACAUCCGGGAGCUCCACAACAGUCAGGCCCAGCAGCUGGAACACAUACCCUCCUCACACCUGGGCCCUGAGAACCUCUACAGAGACUGCUCUGAGGUGUUUGCAGAUGGUAAUGUGGCCAGUGGGCUGUAUGUGAUCCGUCCAGACGGCUCUCCCACUGCACUGAGCGUCUACUGUGACAUGAACAACGGAGGAGGAUGGACUGUCUUCCAGAGGAGGAGAGAUGGCAAAGAGAGCUUUGACAGAGCCUGGGCGGAGUACAAGCAUGGAUUUGGAGACAUUUAUUCCAUUGAUGGAGAAUUCUGGCUGGGCAAUGAACCUCUGCACUAUCUCACCUCGCAAGGAAACUAUGGCCUGCGGAUUGACAUGGAGGACUUUGAGGGUAACCAGCGCUAUGCAGAGUACAAGAACUUCAGAGUGGAUAAUGAAAAGGACCAGUACCAGUUACAUUUGGGAGAGUACACUGGAAAUGCAGGGGACGCCUUGGCUGAUGUCCAUAGCUCUCUGUCUGCUGGGCAGGAAUGGACUGGUCCAGGUUUGGGGUCAGGCAGGGGAAAAUUCAGCACCUUUGACCAGCCGAAUGAUGACGACGCCACAUGUAUCAGACACAGCAAGUCAGGCUGGUGGUUCAGCAGGUGUGAUUCAGGCAACCUAAAUGGUCAUUACUACAAAGGACCAUACCAAGCCAUGACUGAUGAUGGGGUGGUGUGGUACACGUGGCAUGGUUGGUGGUACUCCAUCAAAUCCGUGGUCAUGAUGGUACGAGCUUCUGACUUUGAGCGUCCGCCACAAAUCACCGUCCCCUUAUCGGGACAACUCUACCCCAGCAAAGCAGAAGCUGAGGUCAUUGAUCUUCCUCAAGGCUAUUAGGCUGAAAGCAACACCUUCCUGUUUUUUUGUAAAUAUGUGGCUUCAUUCACAUCCAUCACAGUUUACAAAACUGGUUACAAGACAAGUUUCCUUUAUGGCUUUUUCAAAAAAAUGCGCACCAUUGCAUUUUAAUACUCAAAAUAAAACAAUGUUACU